AACGACCUUGACAAAAAGUAAUUACUAAUUACUUGUCAAGCAUGAAGUUGUUAGCGAUUAUAACACGAUUAAAAUUCAAAUCGCCAUGGAUCAGUCUUCGAUCGUGAAAUUUUACCACAGGAUUAAAAGAUCUCUUUAGAUUGAAAUUAAAUUUUAAUGAGAUCACCUUACAUUAAGCAGACUUAUGAUAAUUGAUAAUCAUCUUGCGCAUAUAUAAUUGCCGAGGUGAGAAAAGUUUUUAAACGUAAGAAAACCGCGGCAAAAUGAACGGGUUUCACUGGAUGUUCUGCACAUUAUGGCUUCUUGUGUCUUUAAUCUGUUCGUCGAUUGCUGAAAAAGAAGGUAAUAGGAUAGUCGGUGGGGAUGUCGCAACUCGGGGUCAAUUUCCGUGGAUGGCUGUCAUCACUAGCGAAAUCAACGGCACAGUCCAGUUGUACUGCGGUGGAUCCAUGAUCAGCGGAGAUUACGUAAUCACAGCGGCCCAAUGCGUUCCACCGGAGAAUGAUUUGAAUGCCAAGAUCCGUGUCGUCCUCGGAGUCCACAACGUCUCGGCAACGACUGAGAUCGGCCGUGUUGACCUGAUCGCCGACUAUCAUUUCGUUCAUCCUAAUUACAGCUCAGACACGUUUGCCAACGACAUUGCUAUUGUACAUUUACCUACAAGAGUCAGCUCAUCACCUUAUGUUAGCCAAUCUCAGUUGCCUUUUGAAUCCGAGAUCAAUGCCACCUAUCAGGGCGUUCGUGGUCGCAUGAGCGGCUGGGGAUCUGGUGUCGGAACCAAUUAUUCGGAUGUCUUACGAUAUGUCGACGUCGACGUUCAAGAUUUGCAAGUUUGCAUUGACAAUUAUGGAGCACAAUACGUCAACGAGAAGCACAUUUGCCUGAGCACUGCCGGAGGACGUGGACCUUGCGGUGGCGACACCGGGUCUCCCUUGACUCUUACAGACACAAAUUCCGAAUCUCACCAGAUCGGAAUAUUUUCAUUUUACGACGAGGAGAGCUGCAUUCGCGGCAAGCCUGUUGUUUUCACCAAGCUUGCCAGUCACUGGGACUUCAUUACCGACUUCACCGGAAUCCGGCCAGAGAAUCCGGGAUUUUAACUUGAUAAUUGUAUAAUGCAAAAUAUAUAUGAACUUGAAUUAUCAAA